AUGGAUCAGGAGGAGGCUCCACCACCACCGUACUCGGCUGUUGACCCGAUGAUUGAUGGCGCUCCGCAGGCCCCAACACCAUUGCGCGGAACUUCUUCAGCGUCACCUAGCGGUAGUUCUCGCACCGAGGAGACUUCCUCGACCUCAUCGCGAGUUGUGCCUAUCCACUUCACUUCCGCCGCGGCAUACUUCGAGCAACGGCCGCCACCAGUUUCAGAUGACAGUCGGAGUCUGCUACACCACCAUGUGACAAUAUAUCCGCGCAGCCAAGCAAAGGACUUCCCCCGGCGACCACGUUGCUGGGCAUCCCGAAUGGAAGAGGUUGCUCAGCAGGACUGGGAUACCUUCUUGCGUUACAUGUUUCCGCCUCAUCUGGGUUUAGCGGCUACUUCACAACAUCUGCCCCGCCAGCUUCGCGCAGAGAUCCAGCGGGACCGAAAGGACCGGCCCCAGGAGACAGAUGAACAGCGACAAUCAAGAAUCUCAGCCGUGGUUGAGGAAUGGAACCAAUGCUUCUUCGAACCUCGCUCAACUUGCAUUAACUUUAUAUACAUCGGCGAGCCAGAUGCAGCACCUGCAUCUGCCCUCUGUCCUCGAUGCUACCCAGCCGCAACAAAGGCAACUCAAGGGACGAGUACGCCGUCUACAGAGGGCCAAUAUAUGAGAGAUCCAAAUACGCCAUCGCCUUUGCCGGGACAGUAUGCCCAAGUUCCAUCACCAGCCCCUUGGCCUAUGCCACCGUUUCCCAGUUUCCCCCAAUCUCAAUACCCUCCUAUGCCAUACGGGCCCUAUGGCGUUCCUCAGUUUCCCAGUCCUGGGGUACCACCAUUGAAUAACCAUCCACCUCAAUACUAUCCUCCGCCACCUCCGCCACCUUCAGGUGCGCCACCUUGGCAGUAUAACAACUGGGUCUACUCCCAACCACAAUUUGGGCCGUCCGGUACAUCUAAAAGUGGUGCUCUUGGCUGGUUCUCAAAUAUCACCGCACAGGCGCAGAAAUACGGGGAACGAUUCGCGGAACAGGCACAAUACUAUGGAGAUCAGAUAAGCGCACAGGCGAUGGCCUACGGCCGACAAGUUGAAGAACAAGCGCUGGCGCAUGGAAGAUGGGUGGAAGAACAGGCGAGACUCCAGGGACGAAAGCCAACACCUUAUCAAGCUACUACUUACCCCGGCCAAGCUGCGUGGGCUCCUGCUCAAACAGUGGGGGUUAUCAAGGACAUGCCUCCUCCUACCAACAGCACGAGCCCUAUGAAUCAAGUUUCAACUCCAUCGGAAACCCGAACCGAAAGCCAUACUGAACCCCAGCCUCAGAACCAAGAUAAGGACAAGGAACAUCCUCACCCCGAACUUACCCGUCGUGCAUCUGUUUCUUCCUUGUCAUCAGACGCCUCUCUGAGCUCCUUCAACUCAUUAUCAGCCACCUCCGACCUAAGUGCCACAGAUCUAGCCGCAGUGCGCACACAACUUGAAUCUCUAGAUGAAUGCCAUGACCGGACUCUAUACGACGCCGCUCUUGAUCUCCGCAAGCAGCUCGAUGUUCUGCAAGAAUCCCGCCAUGCCGCACGACAUUCUGGUCGUUGGACGUUGCACCAAGACUGGCGCCGCCAAGUCCACAGCCAGUCUCAGAGAACCGAUGACAGCGAUUGGGGCCGCUGGGAUUCCCCUCAACAGCAACAGCGCCUGGCUGCCAAACGACAAGCCAUGAAAGAGGAAAUGAACUCCACCAAGAAGGCGUUCCGUGAUGUAAUCCGCCGAGCUCGUGAGGAACAACGAGAGAAGCGGAAAGCCCACAAGCGCCGCCACCGCCACCACCGCCAUAGCCCAUCUCGUCCGGCCCAGGAGAGUGAAGCCACAGAUGAAUCACUAAAUAGACAAAUGAGAGAUCUUACCCUGGGAAACAUCCCUGAUUCGGGUGCUGCGGGUACUUUACGGACUGGUCCGACCGGACCUGUGCAAUCUGCGAAUGUCUUGAGCUCGCAAAAUACUCCAUCAGAUUCACAGGCUAGCACAUCCCAACUUCCUGACCGUCUGGUCAAACCUCAAAGCCGGUUCAAGGGGAUACUCAAACCGCGCGCUUCCAAGAAGUAG